GGCGCUCCGCACAUGGGACAGGGGGAGGCGGGCGAGCAGCCUAACGCGCGGCUUCAUCCUCCCAUGCAGAGGAGGGGACGGUGCCGUAUGCGCUUGGAAGAACCGGGGGGCGUGGCUUUCCUUAGUAGUCCCAGCUCGGAAGGAAGUGACAGCAGCGGCGCCGAAGAAAUUUGGUGGCGCGCACAACGGCGCGCGAAGAUACCGGCCGUACGCACGCGCCGGCCGGCCCGCCCACGCCCGGCGCAGGCGCAAGGAACAUCUUUAGAGCGCACGCGCGGGAGCUCAGCGGGGCUGCCGUCGCUGGCCGCCAUGGAACGGAAAGUUCUAGCAUUGCAAGCCCGAAAGAAACGGACCAAAGCCAAGAAAGAAAAGGCCCAGAGAAAGCCCGAAACUCAACAUCGUGGCCCUACUGCCCAUGCAGAGAAUGACCUUCCUGAACAAGAAGAAGAAAUACUGGGGUCAGAUGAUGAUGAGCAAGAAGAUCCCAAUGAUUAUUGCAAAGGUGGAUAUCAUCUAGUAAAAAUAGGAGAUCUGUUCAAUGGAAGAUACCACGUAAUCCGAAAACUGGGAUGGGGACACUUUUCUACAGUGUGGUUAUCGUGGGACAUUCAGGGGAAGAGAUUUGUGGCAAUGAAAGUUGUAAAGAGUGCUGAGCAUUACACAGAAACAGCUUUGGAUGAAAUUAAACUCCUGAAAUCUGUCCGGAACACUGACCCAGAUGAUCCAAAUCGAGACGGAGUAGUUCAGCUUUUAGAUGACUUCAAAAUCUCAGGAAUUAAUGGUUCCCAUAUUUGUAUGGUAUUUGAAGUUUUAGGGCAUCAUCUUCUGAAAUGGAUCAUCAAAUCAAAUUAUCAGGGGCUUCCACAACUUUGUGUAAAAAAAAUCAUCCAUCAGGUCUUGCAAGGGCUGGAUUAUUUGCAUUCUAAAUGUCGGAUUAUCCAUACUGAUAUUAAACCAGAAAACAUUUUGCUGUGUGUUAAUGACCAGUACAUCCGUAAACUAGCUGCAGAAGCUACAGAGUGGCAAAGAUCUGGAGCCCCUCCGCCUUCUGGCUCUGCAGUGAGUACUGCACCACAGCCCAAACCAGCUGACAAAAUGUCCAAAAAUAAGAAAAAGAAAUUGAAAAAAAAGCAGAAACGACAAGCAGAACUGUUGGAGAAACGAAUACAAGAAAUCGAAGAGAUGGAGAAGGAAUCAAAUCCUCUGCAAACUGAGUCUGAAGAACAACAAGAAGAGGAGAGACCAGUUGAGCUAAUUUUAAAAGAGAGCUCCCCAGAUGAGGGGCUGCCAGCAAAGACAGAGCAAAGCAGCUUAAUGGAGGGAAUUGAAAAAUGUGUAACAGAAAUCAAUUGCAAUGGAUUGGUGCAAAUGUCUGCCUUCUCAAAAUCCAUCAGUCAAGUAGCUGUGAAACUUGAGGAGGACGUUCAUAAUGCCAAUGAUUUCACUGGCCCUUCUCAAGAGCAGGAAGAAGAGAGCAGUGCUUACAGCCAAAGCAAUGGUGGUUCAGAGAACCUAAUACAGGAAGCAAUAUCACAGCUUCCUAUACCCUUAAUUUCAGAGGUUCUGGAUUCAAUGGUUUGUCAGGAAGCUACAUGUGAGGAGCAGUAUUUAAAUGAACAGCAAAUCAGCCAAUUACAAGAAAGCAUCCGGUCAGAAAUUCCUUCGGAAGAUGAGAAUGAAAAUAAUGGGUCUUCUGAAAACAGUAAAGAAAAAGCUGCUGCUGGAAAUUUCCUCCUUAAUCCGCUUGAGCCUGGGAAUGCAGAAAAACUCAAAGUGAAGAUAGCAGAUCUAGGAAAUGCUUGCUGGGUGCAUAAACAUUUCACGGAGGACAUUCAGACAAGGCAAUACAGAGCUUUGGAAGUACUGAUUGGAGCAGGAUAUAGCACUCCAGCUGAUGUUUGGAGCACUGCCUGCAUGGCCUUUGAACUGGCUACAGGUGACUAUUUGUUUGAGCCUCACUCUGGUGAAGAUUACUCUCGGGAUGAAGGUGAGAGCUAUGCCAGAACCUGGAUAGUAAGAAAAUCAGCAGAGAAAUAUGUCUGUGAUCUGAAGCACAUUACUAAACUAAAGCCAUGGGGUCUCUUUGAAGUAUUGAUGGAAAAAUAUGAAUGGUCCCAAGAUGAUGCAGCUGCAUUCACAGACUUCUUAUUACCUAUGCUAGAGCUGAAUCCUGAAAAAAGAGCUACAGCAGCACAGUGUCUCAGGCAUCCCUGGCUCAACUCCUAA